UGCUGUUCUAGGAACGCUAUUUCCCAGCAUGCAAUAUAACAUUACGUCAUAAGUCUGCGUCGGAGUUUGUUUUGAACGGUUGGAAGGUAGCGCGUUGGAAGCUGCUGAAAGAAGGUUUGUCCAUCAAAAUGUUUAUGCCGAGAGCACUAAAGGUAAAGAGACCUUCCCAGGCCUCAGCUCACAUUUUGAAAAAGAAAAGCAAGCCAAGCGAGGGGGAGAGAGAAGACAAAAGUGAUUCGGCAACACCUGUUCAGAAGGAGGACCCACGUGAAGACACCAAACCACAGAAUGAGGCAAUACCAACAGUCGUAAACCCUGCAUGUUUGACGGAGAGUCCAUUGCAAGUUGAUGAAGAUAGCUCUGACUCAAAUGAUACAGAGGAAGAGGAGGAACCUGUGAAAUCAUUCAAAAAGAGCCAGAGAUGGCCGCAGCCAGGAGAGCCUGUCUGUGUAAUGUGUGGUCGCUAUGGGGAGUACAUUUGUGACAGCACUGACAAUGAUGUUUGCAGUCUUGAGUGCAAAGCCAAACAUUUGGUCCAAAUGGGGAUGGGGACGGGGGCGGAUGUGUUUAUCCGUAAGGACAUAGUUGGAGAUGAAAGGACUCAACUUCAACAGCAGGCAGUUGACAGCGGAGGGGGUGAAAGGGAGCCAGGCUAUUCCUACAAGGACGAUCAGUUCAUAGCAGGCCUAACCGAUGAGCAGGUCCAGAGGAUUAAACGGGAGCUGGGUAUUGAAACCCAGGGGGAAGAUGUGAGGAGACCCAUCAUUGAGUUUGAACACUGUGGCUUCCCUGCCACACUUGGUGGCAACCUGAAAAAGGCCGGCUAUGUGGCACCAACUCCGGUCCAGAUGCAGAUGGUCCCAGUUGGUCUCUGUGGAAGGGAUGUGAUCGUCAGCGCUGACACCGGCUCAGGGAAGACUGUGGCCUUCCUGCUGCCAGUGGUAGUGAGGGCAAUGGAGAAACUAGCCCAUGGUGGAAGUAGCCCCGUGGCUCUCGUCCUGACCCCCACCAGGGAGCUGGCCAUCCAGAUCGAGAGACAGGCCAAGGAGCUGGUGAUUGGCCUCCCCAACAUGCGAACCGCGCUGCUGGUGGGCGGCAUGCCACUUCCCCAACAACUCCACCGCCUUAAAAGCAACAUCAAAAUCAUCAUAGCCACCCCUGGGCGACUCCUUGACAUCCUGAAGCAGAAGGCAGUGCAGCUGGACAAAGUGAAGGUUGUGGUGGUGGAUGAGGUCGACACUAUGUUGAAGAUGGGCUUCCAGCACCAGGUGCUGGAGGUUUUGGAGCAAGUCCCUGAAGAACACCAAACUCUUCUGGCGUCGGCCACCAUCCCAAAAGGGACGGAGGAGCUUGCGGCCCGAUUGGUUUGCGACCCUGUCCGUAUCACUAUUGGAGAGAAGAACCAGCCCUGUGCCAACGUGAGGCAGAUCUUGCUGUGGUUGGAGGAACCCUCCAAGAAGAAGAAGCUGUUUGAGAUUCUCAAUGACAGUAAGCUGUACCAGCCUCCCGUGGUGGUUUUUGUAGACUGUAAACUUGGUGCUGAUUUACUGUGCGAGGCGGUCGUCAAGGUGACGGGCCUUAAAACUGUGGCAAUCCACUCUGACAAGACCCAGCGGGAACGCAACCGCAUCCUCAGGGGUCUUCUGGAAGGAGACUUUGAAGUGGUAAUCAGUACAGGUGUGCUGGGUAGAGGGUUGGACCUGGUGAACGUCCGGUUGGUGGUUAACUUUGACAUGCCAAACUCAAUGGAUGAGUACGUCCAUCAGGUUGAAUUCCGCCAAUCAGCGGUCAUCGGCGGAGACGGUUUGAAAUUGAGGCGGGCGAAGGCGGAAGAGAUGCUGGAACAAUAA